GGUAUUUACAUAAUUUUAUUCAUCAAAAUUAUAUUACAAAUUAGUCAUUUUGGUUGAUAAGAAGUUGUUAUUCUGCUUUAUACAAAUAAAUGCCUACUGAUUAGUCAUAAAUCCAGUCCAAAUUUCAUCCAACACUGCAUAUUUUUUCCACUAACUUAAAUAGAAAAAAAUUACAGAUUUAAUGAAAUGUUACUUGAUAUAAUAAUAUUAACAUUUAUAAACGUAGUAUUUACUUAUGGGACAACAAUUAAUUAUAAUAAGUGCAAUGGAAUUGAAGCGUUGUUAAAAAAUAAUUACGAUUGUCUCUAUAAUCCUGACGAAUAUUUAAAUGUGCCACAAAUGAUUGCUAGACAUGGGUAUCCAUCAGAAACGCAUAUAAUUACGACAGAUGAUGGUUAUUUGUUAGAAAUCCAUAGAAUACCUGGCUCUAAGUCUGGCAAACGAGGUGGCCAACCUGUGUAUCUCCAACAUGGGCUUUUAGGAAGUAGCGCAGAUUGGUUAAUGAAUGGAAAUAACUCUCUAGGUUUUUUACUGGCUGACCAGGGUUACGAUGUAUGGCUGGGAAAUGCAAGAGGCAAUACUUAUUCAAAAGCUCAUAUUUCUAUACCUAAAGAAAAUUCUAAGUUUUGGAAUUUUAGUUGGCACGAAAUGGGAAUGCAUGAUUUGCCAGCCACUUUAUAUCAUAUAAGCAAUAUCACGGAGAAACCUAGAGAAAUUAUUUAUAUAGGACACUCGAUGGGAACAACAAUGUUCUUUGUACUCUCCUCCCUAAAUCAUGAAGUAUCAAAAAAUGUCAAACUAAUGAUCGCCUUAGCACCAGUGGGUUAUAUGACACAUAUAAAGUCUCCAAUAAAAUAUUUGGCACCAUUUUCUUCUGAUUUUCAGUGGUUGGCAAAAUAUCUGGGAUUAAAUCAAUUUUUACCAAAUAAUAAAAUACUCAAGUUUUUAGCUUAUGACUGCGAAUUGUUUGAAAUAGACAAGAAUAUUUGCGAAAAUUUUAUAUUUGCUUUAUGUGGUUUUGAUAAAGCACAAUUUAAUCAGAAAAUGUUACCUCUCAUCCUCAAAAAUGAUCCUGCGGGUACAUCUACUAAAACGAUAAUCCAUUACGCGCAGGAAAUUAAAAACGGUGGCAAUUUUCAACAAUAUGAUUAUGGAAUUAAUGGUAAUUUGAUUGCGUAUGGCACUGCAACACCACCGAAAUAUAAAGUAAACAAUAUGAAAACGCCUGUAUAUAUGAUGUAUGGAGAAAAUGAUUGGCUGGCUAGUUAUGUGGAUGUCCAACAACUAGCUACAAACAUUUCAAGUUUAGUUGGGUUGUACAAAGUUAAACUGGAGUCGUUUAACCACGUUGAUUUUUUAUUUGGGAAAGAUGCCGAACAACUAGUUUAUCGACCUCUCAUGAAUGUUAUGCUUAAUUAUACAAAAUAUUGAAUGCACCUUUGAAUUUGUAAGAAUAUUUCAAAAUAAAUACAAUAAUAGAUGAUGGCUAUA